GAAUGCCGAUGUCACCAGCAGCUCCGCUUACGGAGCCGAAAGUGCAGAAGCAAAAGCGCAGGAAAUUCAUCCAUUUAACAAAAGCGAAGGCGGCCUGCGGAAAGCGCCAGGAGGCUGAAACAGAUCCGAAAUAGAAAGCUUCAGCUCCGGUUCGAUUUGCACACGCUUUUCCGCUCCACCUACACUUGCCCGAUCAGAACAUGGCAAGUGGGCAUCCCAUUGACUCAUUUGCUUUCAUGUACAGACCCGAAAGCUCUCAGAACUCAAAGAGUAAGGUUCGACCGUCUUCCAGCAUGAAUCCUGUUUAUAGUCCAGUGCAGCCAGGCACGGCGUACGGAAACCCCAAGACCAUGACGUACCCAGGCUAUCCUGCAGGUUAUCCCACCACAGCUCCAGCAUACACACCUAAUAUCUACCAGACGGGCACUCCGGGAUACCCUCCAGGAUACACAACAGGAACUCCCUAUAAGGUGCCCCCGGCACAGACGAACGGAGCCCCUCCACCGUACUCAGCGUCCCCGAGCCCCUACUCCACGGCCAUGUUUCCCAUCAGAAGUGCCUACCCUCAACAAAAUCUCUACGCUCAGGGUGCGUAUUAUUCCCAGCCGGUGUUUGCGCAGCCGCAUGUAAUCCAUCACACCACGGUGGUGCAGCCCAACAGCCUGCCGUCGGCCAUCUACCCAGCGCCGGUGCCUGCCGCCCGGCCUAACAGUGUACCUGUGGGCAUGCUGAGCGGCUCCACCAUGGCCAUGUCUGCAGGGCCUCUGCUCACCACACCACAGCACACGCAACACAUCGGCACUCACCCGGUCACCGUGCCAACGUACAGGCCACAGGGGUACAGCUACGUACCUCCGCACUGGUAGAGCUGCCAGCCCACUGCAUAUCUGGAGUUCACAUUGUUCACAUUUCCAGUCUUCGUGGACGCAGCCUCCAGCACCGGGCCACAGAGUCCUUCUGCGAGUACAAAUACUGAACGAGCAACGGUCACUUUAUGUGUUCUUGGCGAUUUCGUUAAAGCUGCUCACUCGAUCGAAAUUUGUUCAGUUUUUGUGUUACGUUAGAAAUCCCUGACCAAUACCUACCAGCAGUUAAAACACACGAACAGAAAAUUCAACUACACUGAGCAGCAGCGAGCAUUGUGCUGCUGUUAACACUGGGUCCUGUGCUACACUAGUACUUUCUCUAACAGUCUGAAUGUACACAUUUGCUUCUUACACUAUAUAACAUUUAGGUUUGAGUUCAGGGUUUUUACUUUUUUUUCCGUUUCUGCAGUGCUCUUGUGAAAGGGCUAUGGUUUUUUUUUUCCUCUGUCAAAAUUUGCCUUUGAGAAAAGGUUGACAUCCUCCAGUUUGGGGACUCAUAGUGAAUCGUUUUCAUCUGGUACUGCCAUUCUAGUAGAUGCACAAUUUUUAGAGAACCUUUCAGCGGUUUAAUCCGCUGUAGUGGACAUUAAAGUGGGUUAGCCUUCUUUAGUGAGUUUUAAAUCAGUUAACCAGAUUUAGUCAACACUUAAAGUGAAUUAGCCUGUUUUUAGCGACACUUUAAAUGGUUAACCAUUAGUAGGUGAUAUUUGAAGUGAAUUAACAGGCUUUAGGACACUUCAAUGGUUUAACCAGGAUAAUUUAAUUGGGUUAACCAGCUUUGGUGGUUAUUAAUAUUUAGGUGGUCUAUUAACCACCAUUAUUAGACACUUUAAGAGGGGCAGCCAAUUUUAGUGAACAUUUCAAGUGGGGCAUCUGGGUUUAAUAGACAUUUAAAUGGUUUAACCAGCUUAAGUGGACAUUUCUUUGGGCACAUCAUCUUAAAUGGACACUUCAAGUGGGUUAUCCAGUUUUAACUGACACUUCGUUAAUUAACCAGAUUUAAGGAAACAUGUCCAUGAGCUAAUCAUCUUAAGUGACAAUUGAAGUGGGUUAGCCAGUUUUAGUGGAUAUUUUAGUUAGCUAACCAGAUUUAAGGAGACUUUUCAUUGGCUCAUCAUCUUAACUGGACACUUGAAAUGGGUUAGUGGACAUUUCAGGAGGUUAUCCAGCUUUAGUGGACAUUUUGGUGGGUUAGCCAGUUUCACUGGAUGCUUCAAGGGGAGGGCAGAGGGUAAGCCUGUUUUAGUGGACAUUUUAGUCAGUUACCAAGCUUUAGUGCACAUGUUAGUUUUAAUGGACAUGUCAGUAGGUUAUCCACCAUCAUAUCUCACAAAGCUGUGACGCAAUGUUGAUAUAUUAUCCAUGCAGUAUGUAAAACAUGAACAAAAUGAGCAAAAGGCCUGCUGUAAUAGGCUUUACAUGCACAUGCUAUUGAUUAUGCACUCAAUCGUGUGCAUAUGCAGAAAUGGUAGAAGAGAUACAAUAAGACAGGAGCAAUGCAGCUGGUGGUCUAGGAGGCUUAGAGGUGUAAUGAAGUGUGAAAACCAAACAGGAUGGUUUGAUGCCCUGGUCAUUUGAACUUCACGCCAAUUGCACUCGCUCCACACUACUAAACUUGUCGGGCUCUAAAAGGCUUAUUUGGAUUUGGUUUUAUUCUGUAUGUGCUUACAUUGUCCGAUCAAAGCAAACAGAUAUAGUGUAUGAUUUAUAGGACUUUGUGUAGGACUGAUGCAAGCAUGCUUACUUGAGUGAUUCCUUUCAUCACGCUCAAAUCUGACCAAAUCAAAGCACCAGCUUUGGACGCUACGUUUCCGAGUGUGGUUUGCAAUAAAGUUCGGAAGUCCACUUGGUUUCAUGCUCCUGUGUAGCACCAAGGACUCGUUACUAGGCAGCUGAGAGGGAAAGAAAACACUAUCCCUGCUUUUUACUACUGUUUGUAAAACACCCAUGGCAUCUUUCUCUUAAAUAAAUCACACAAGUGGUCACUUCUAGCACAAGGCAAAGACACAACAUUAAGAGGAAAACAAAUCUAGUUUAAAAAAAUUCUUAGGUGAUUUGUUUGAACUAAUCGAAUGAUGUCAUGUUCAAAUGCAUCCUGGGUAAGUUCUACAGUGUAUAGUGAUGCCGAAUUCAGCCUUCACUUGAGCAAGUACCGUCCUUAAAGUGCGACAAGGGUUCAACAAAUGAGAAAUGCUGUCGGAAAGUCAUCAAGGGUGUGUUAAAAACAGAGCUGGAAAGCAGGUUGUGUGUUUUUCCCCAUCCCGUCUCUCUUUUUCCAUGCAUGCUAGUUGUCUUAGAUUCGGAGGCCAUAGUUUCGAGGUAGCACUAAAGAAGGAAUUAAAAUCUGUGUUUUAUCAUGCAUUAUGUUCUUGUGCGUGGGCAUAAAAGAAUAGUUAGUAUAAGUGAGGCUACAUUGCUCAAGGAACUCAUAACGAACGUAUAUAACAUUCAGUAAGGAAUAUUGCACUCUUCAAAAGUAAUAAUCUAUGCUUGUAGUUGGUACAGUACUUAAUCUUAAAUAAACAGCGCAUUUAUUGUACAUUCAAUUGUGGUACUCUAGUCUUCCAGACAAAAAAAAAAAAAAAUACACUGAAGAGAUCCAUGCAAAAUAUUAUAUAUCAUUGCAGUAUUCUUCCAUAUUUUAACCACUUUAUUAAAAAAAAAAAAAAAAGUCUGUGUUUUAUUAAAAAGCAACAAAAUGGAAUUUGCAGGCUAUAUUUCAAAUGAUCACGCUAGUCUAGAGUUGUGUGUUUGUCUAGGGAUGGUUGUCGCCCUGGGUUGUGCCAUGUCGGUCUGUGUGUGUGGUGAGAUUUGCAGCAUCCUCGGUAUCCUCGUAAUUGUUGGUUUUAUGCAGUUAAGCAUCAUGAAAUAACUCAAAUUAUAUUUUUGACGGCGAACCAUGCGCUUGGGCUGUCAUGAGAGUUGACUUAAAGCCUUGAAAGUACAGAGUUCUUAAAAGUAAAGUUUGUUUUCUUAAGUCAGUAAGGGCGACUUUACGUUCCGAAUGUUCACAUCACAGCAAAUUAGAAUGAAUCAUUUUGCUCGGAUAUAAGAUGUCACGGUAACGGUUUCUAUGAAGCUUGUAUUCAGACUUUUAAUAAUGUGCUUAUAAUUCUUUUGGUCUUUGUUCGGCUAUAAACAUGUAACGUAAAUGUCAUUAUUCAUCCUUAAGUAUGUGUUUCAAGUCUUUUUAGCAGUACGAGCAGAUUGUUUUAUUCUCAGUGUAAUAGCUAUGCAUUACAUAGCCAGACCUUUGGCAUUUUGGUGCAUUUUAGCAUUUUGUACACCAAGAACCACCUACAGAAAUACGUAAUUCGACAGACCUUUUCCCUGUAGCUUAUCAACAAACACAAAAAAUGAUCUCUUUACUCAGUGCUCCAAAACAAAACUCUAAUAACUUAUUAUUUUGUAGUGACCAAGCAGAUUGUUACCCUGAUGAUUCUGAAGCUUGUGGCCAGAAAAGUGAAAAAAAAAAAAAAAAGAUCUCAGAUGGCCUGUGCGCGGAGCUUCUGAGGCUGAAACUACAGCAUACGUCACAUAGCAUUAAGGUGAAUAAUGACAUUUAUAUUAUGUUAAUAAGCGGCAUUGUUACUGUAAUGAGCACAAGAGUUAUGAAUUCAGCUCCAUAGAAAAGUGUUACUUUAAUCCGGUGCAUCAAAUUUCAAGUUUUUCUGAUGGAUCACCAUAUUAUUCUUUCCGGUUUCAUUGUAGUGCUUCAUCUUAACGCUGUUCUGCCUGAGACACGACACAUAAGGAAAAAAUUCUAACAAUCAUAACAGCGAAAUCACAUAUACGCAGCUAAACAUUUUAUGCUAUGCACUGGUUGAUUAUUUGUGAGUGAUACAGUAGUAGAACCCUACGUUUUACACACUUUAUACACUUUUUACACACAUGGCUCAUUUAUCCUGUAGCGUAAUGCAAGCAGCAAUGCAUGGCUGCUAGGAACAGACCUGUGAAUACUGAGAAGUGAGACGUAUUUGCGAUGUACAUAUCCGAAUAUUAUACAGAGAAUAAGUAUUUUGAGUAUUUGAGCACUAGAAUGUAUUUUCAAAUACAUGUAUUUUCUCAAAGACUUAAGUACUUAGGUACUUUUCCACCCAGGUCUGUUGUAGAGAGUGUGAUCAUUUUCCAUUCAACUUUAUUUACUUACCGAUGAGUCUUAAUGGUUUUUUUUUUUGUUCAGUAUGAUGACAGUACAACCUAAUAUCACAGUUUUCCCUAUAUCAUACCAUCUGCUUACAUUCAAUGCCAUAUAACACUUCAGGGUUCUUUUAUUUAUUUUUGGGAAACUGCUAGAACAUUCUGACUUGUUAAGAGGUUCACCCCUAUUCUUAGUCGUCUAUCAAAUCCGUGUAGAAAUACAAAUUAGAAAUUCUCGGAUUCUGCUCGCAAAAUCUUUCAAGGUUGUCUUCUGUAGGUUUUCGUCCUGAACAAAGUGAGCGGAUUUAAAAUUUUGAACAAUUAGAUUUUAUUCCAGGGUAGUUUCACACACCUCAUUACUAUACAGCUUGUUGGCUUCAUUAAUUUUAAUAGUUUUUUUUUUUUUUUUACAGUACAAAAAGAACAUUAUUUAAGGUGCAUAACUGUUCCAUAGGACCACUGUUGUACCUUUUGAAUGUACAUGUACAUUGAUAUACACAUAUACAAGCUUUUUCUGUCCUUGUACAAUGGUGAAGGAACAACUGCAUCCUGUUUUUAAGAAUGUCCUUUUUUUCUUUUAAACUUUACACUCUGUGACAGGAGAGAUUAAACUUUACACUCUGUGACAUCUUUAAAUGUGACGAAUAAGUUGUUGUUUUAAGGGAUAAAAGUCAUUUGAUUUGUUUUGGACAUUAAUUAAAUCCAAGUCUUGUGGUUAUUUUGGUUAAUGUUAGCCUUCACAUUUCCUGUGUGUGUAUAUAUAUAUAUAUAUAUAUAUAUAUAUAUAUAUACACACACAAAAAAAAGUUUAGGGCAAUAUUGAUGCAGUGAAGCAUGAUUAUCUUUAGCCAAUUUCAGGAAACUUCACUUUAAUUUCACUAAAAUUACAUUUAUUGUCCUUUUGUUUUGGCAAGGAACGCUUAGGAAACAUCCUUGGCUGUAUGACAUAAACCAGUACGUAUUUAGGUUUGUGUGUUACCUGUAUGCUAGAAUAUAUUUUUCACACACAAAUAAGAAUUUUUAAAUAAUACUGACGUACAUUUUGCCCUACAGAACAUUUUCCACUCCUGGUGUCCGCCUGCUGUAAAACAGAGUUUUGCAGUUCUUGUACAAGAGCUUAAUUAUGGAUACUAAACCGAGAUGUAAACACAGGCCGACACAUUGUCUUCCGAAAUGUAGUCUUCAUUAUGAGUUUUGGUUUUCAUCAAGCAGGGUUUAAUACCAAUAAGCAGCAAACUUCAGUUUUACUCAGCGCUUUUCUGUCUGUUACAUGACGUGGCAAUAGCUAUUCCCAUCAGGUUUGUGCAGAUGAAGUCCAGUUCUGUUGUUUUAUGUUGUAAUGAGGAUCUGUUAGCUGAUCUUGGUGAAUCUAAAACCAGGGUUGUAAUUGUAUUAUAUUUGCUGUACAUGUAAAAUGUAGACCAUUCAAUAACUAUUAAAAUCUUUCAAAAACA